CCAAAAGUACAUAGUGCUAGAAGAAGACCUCUAGCUGCGCAACCAUGGAUGCAUGGGCCGUUCAGUUCGCGAAUCUCUCCAAAGUAAGCCCCUUUGAGGGCCCACAGUACCACUUGGCCCCCAAGUGGGCUUUCUACCUGCAGGCAGCAUUCAUGGGCUUUGUAUUUUUUGUGGGCACCCCUCUCAAUGCAGUCGUCCUCUUCGUAACAAUGAAGUACAAGAAGCUCAGGCAGCCUCUCAACUACAUCCUGGUGAAUAUCUCUGUAGCAGGCUUUAUUUUCGACACAUUCUCGGUCAGCCAAGUAUUUGUGAGCGCUCUACGAGGUUAUUACUUUCUCGGGCACACGUUGUGUGCGAUGGAAGCAGCAAUGGGAGCAAUUGCAGGUCUUGUGACAGGAUGGUCCCUGGCUGUUCUGGCUUUCGAGAGAUACGUUGUCAUCUGCAAACCUUUUGGCAGCUUCAAGUUUGGACAAGGACAGGCUCUCGGAGCAGUAGCCUUCACCUGGUUCAUGGGCAUUGGCUGCGCCACUCCUCCCUUCUUUGGAUGGAGCAGAUACAUUCCAGAGGGUCUUGGCACUGCUUGUGGACCUGACUGGUACACAAAGAGUGUGGAGUACAACUCAGAGAGCUACACCUACUUCCUUAUUGUCACCUGCUUCUUCAUGCCAAUGACUAUCAUUAUCUUCUCCUACUCUCAGCUCCUGGGAGCCCUGCGUGCCGUUGCAGCUCAGCAGGCAGAGUCAGCCUCCACCCAGAAGGCAGAGAAGGAAGUGUCCAGGAUGGUCAUUGUGAUGGUGGGAUCUUUUGUGCUUUGCUAUGCCCCAUAUGCCGUCACUGCCAUGUGGUUCGCCAAUGCUGAUGAUUCAAACAAGGAUUACCGUAUGGUCGCUAUCCCUGCUUUCUUCUCAAAAAGCUCCUGUGUGUACAAUCCUCUAAUCUACGCCUUCAUGAACAAACAGUUCAAUGCCUGCAUCAUGGAGACUGUAUUUGGCAAAAAGAUUGAUGAGUCCUCUGAGGUUUCCAGCAAGACCGAAACCUCAUCUGUGGCUGCAUAAAUAUUUCCAAACCACAUUUAGAAAUUAUCUGGACCUGUUUUCCCAUUCACCCCGAUUGUUCAAAUCCUCUACCUUUACACUCUGUCAAGGGCCAAGGGAUGCCAACAAGCCCCUUGUCCCAAAGACACAGUCCGCUGGAUGGCCAACUGGCGUGCAACAUCCCACCAUCCUUUCUGUGCAUAACCGGCUAUUUUUUUAUGUUAAACACUGCUAUUUCAUGUUAAAACAAUGCAUUAUGCAUUGAUGAUGAAGUAGAAUAUUUAAUUUUCAACCUGCAAAAGAAAAUCAAAAAAAAAAAAAAUUAUAAUAAUGAGACAUCCUCUCAUGUUAAUGGACUCCUGCAAAGCUUUUAAUCUAACAACUCUGGAAAAGGAUAUUCCUGAUUUUGUUUUUAAAAAUACCCUACUGCUGUCCCAUUAGCCACAAUCCAUUUUCAAUAGUGGCAAUUUGUAUUCUAUUCAAUUCUAAAAUAAGUGCUUGUUUUGAGGAAUAUUAAACAAUGCACAUUGGAAUUCACAGAUGUAGAGUAGAUUCUAAGUGCUUUACUCACAACGGAAUCUUUAAAGUACUUAAUAAAGUCCAGCUUUCUGGUUGGCUUAUCCAAGAUAUAUAAGAUCACAAGGAAUUAUCCAUGUCCAUCCGCGAGGAAACGUUCACUGGAAGUUUGCUAAAAACGAUGACAAAUCAUGAGUGACAGCUUUUGUCCUAUUACUGGCACCAUCACAUCGGACCUCUAAUAUCUGUAUCUAUACUACCAUUGUACAUGUUCUAUUAUAAUUAGAGAUACAGUGAACAUGAAUUUGUACAUGUGCCCUGUUUUUAGAAUUAUUAAAGAUUUAUA